AGAUACAAAAAAUGGCUCAAGAGUUGGAAACAUGAAAACAAGAUUAAGUAAACAUAUACGACGAUUGGUAUGGAAAAGGAAAAGAAGUGUAGUUUCAAAUACAAAUGCAGGCUAUGCCAGAUCGUUGUCCAGCUAUAACGGAUCGUUCGGUCCAGUGUGACCAGAUUUCGGUAAAAAGUUUUACUUUUAGUAAAAUUUCGCGAAUUUUUGUGAAUUUUCAAGAAAAUUUGGUAAUAAGUUUUUUUUGUAAAAUUUUGGUAAAAUCUGAAAGGUUUCAAUUAUUAGUAAUCAUUUUGGUAAAAAUGUGUGUUUCUUGUUUAAUAACGUGCUCAGAGUAAUGAACAGAAUUGCCAAGCCCACAAAAAAAGCAUUAUCAUUAGCAAAAAAUACAAUAUGAUGAAAGCAACAAGUAUUUCGAGAUACUUUUUGUGCAUAUUUUUUCUACUUUGAUGACGUAACUAUUGUUUUUUUGGCAUUAUUAUUACGUAAUUAUUUGGGAAGCCGACAUUUGGUACAAUUUUUCUUAAUUUAGUAAAAUUUGAACAAAAUUUUGGUAAUGACUGGUGAAAAAAUCUGGUCACGCUUUCGUGGCCACGCGUCUUCCCCACGAACCAUAAAAUUCCACUCGUCUUCUCUGCGAGCGAUAAAAUAUGCCAACGUUGCAUAAUGGCAGACGAAAUACAUCUUCCACAGGACCGUGACAAGUGGCCCAUUUCUCAAAUCGAAAACGGUUGUUUUCAAGCAAUUUGCCAUCUACUGGACUUACAUUAUCUUAGCAAAGAACCACUUCUGAGCGCCUUAGGGUUCACCCAGAAUGAGGCUACGUCAAUUACACAAGAAUUAAUGGCAACACGAGGAAAGGGCAUGGCAAAUAAGGCACUCGGUAUGUGGGGAACAUCACAUCGCAAAAAUAAUGUGGGGGCUCUUAAGAAGAUUGUGAAACGUACCAUGAGAAGGGAUGACGUUUUUUGCGUGAUCAAGAAUUGGGAAAAGCUGCCUGUUUGUCAUGGUUGUGGCAUUAAUCUGCAAGAACAAGUUCAUGAAAAUCACCCUGAUCGUGAUGGUACUACUCAAUAAGUGCACAAAUUUCAGUGAUAACAUUUUAGCUGUUCUAAAUAUAACGCCCAAAUAAAAACUCGUGUUCAUGUACAGACAUAUAUUUAUAUAACAUGACAAAUUUAUAUAACAUGGCAAAUUGCCAAAUUUGGCAGGCCAUGAUUUGCAUUUUUAAUUAAUAAACUAAAUUUGUAAUGUAUUGUUGUAAGCCAUUUUGAUAUUUGCUAUAAAAUGCUAAUAUUAAUAAUUAAUUAUUAUAAAAAUAAUAAGUAUGCCUAAAGUAACUAAAAAUUAUUGAGCCUAAAAUUAUUGCACGUAAUUAUAAUAUUAAUAAAUUAAUACAAUUUUUUUAAAUAUUAUAUAUGCUUCAAAUGC